GCGCUGCUCGCCUCUCUCCCCCCACCCCGGGCCUCAGCCGCAGUCCCUCCCCGGCCCGGUGCGCCCUGAGCCGGCCCCGCUGCUGCUCCAUGUCCCGGCGUCAGAGGGAGGAUGGUGGAGGGCUGCUCAAGAUGGCGGCUCUGGCUGAAGACGGGAGCUACGGGCUGAAGAGCGGCCCGGGCCCCGCGCACCGAGUGUCCGUCCUCCACGUGAAGCUGACGGAGAGCGCGCUGCGGGCCGUGGAGGCCUGCCACCGGGGCCAGAAUGGAGCUCGUGUGCAGCCGACCAUCCAGUUCAAAGGCCUCCAGGGCCGUAUCAAGAUCCCUCGCUCGGACUCGUCUGAGCCGCAGUCCUUCGAGUUCUACCUCUCCAACGUGGCCAAAGAAAAUCCUCAGGGACGAUUCGAGUGUCUGCAGCAGCAACAGCAACAGCAACAGCACGACACCGCAGCAGGGUCCUCUCUCUCUCUCUUGGCUCCCGUUCAGACCAAACUCACCGUCUGUGCCACGAACGACUCGUACCAGACGACCCGGGAGAAGAUGACUCAGGUCGCGGAGGACACGAAGGAACGCUGUGCCAAAGUCAUCAAACCGGGAGGACGGUUCCGAGGGAAGCAGGUCCACGUCCGGAAGCCCGUCCUCUCCGGCGCCGACGUCGUCCCCGAGCGCAAGCGGUCGACGCCCAUAAACCCCGCCAGCACCAUCCGCAAGUGCCUCAGCAGCAACCCGGUGUCGCAGCGCCCCCUGCGGGACCGGGUGCUGCACCUGCUCGCCCUCAGGCCCUACAAGAAACUGGAGCUGCUCGCCAGACUCCAGAGGGACGGCAUCGGCCAGAAGGACAGAGCCGCGCUGGGAACGACGCUGCAGCAGGUGGCGGUUCUGAACAUGAAGGAGAACUCGUUUUCUCUGAAGGAGUUUGUGUUCGGGGAGGUGCAGAGGGACUGGCCCGGGUACACGGAGGAAGAACGAACUCAGGCCGACAGGAAAGUCUCACGGAAACUGGGUCUGAGCGCUGAGCCUCUUCCCUCCAGCUCCUCUCCUAAAGACGGCGCCCCCUCCUGCUCCCCACAGAAGUUGGACUUUGACUUCAUCGAUCCUCUGGCCCCGAAGAAACUGAGAAUCUCACACUUGAACAACCGCUCCUCCUCCUCCUGCUCCUCCUCUGCGUCGUCCGAGGAGCCGCCCGGCCUCAGGUCCUCCUCUGCACCCGACCAGGAGCACCCCACCCACCGGUCCUCCUCUGCACCCUCCUCUGCUCCGUCCCUGCCCUCGUCUGCAUCGUCCCUGCCUUCCUCUGGACCGUCUCUGUCCUCCUCUGCACCCUCCUCAGGCCGCCGCAGCCAGGAGCACCACCCCUCCCACCGGCCCUCCUCUGCACCCUCCUCUCACCCGCGAGCCGCCAGUCACCAGCUAAGCCCCGCCUCCUCCUCCUCCUCGCACUCGCCGUCGACGCCCGAAGGACGCGGAACCCAAGACCUGCCUCUGGAUCAAACGUCGAGGGUCCGAGCCCCCGGCCCCCGAGAGGAGCCGCGCAAAGCCAAGAAGAAAUCUAAAAAGCACAAAGAGAAGGAGCGAGAGAAGAAGGAGAGGAGGAGGAGGGAGGAGAGCAGAGCCCCGCCCCCCGCCGACUCGGAGGCGUCACUUCAGGCAGAGGAGACGCACUCUUCAGACAAACGGCUGCAGGCGUCAGAUUUCUCCUCGUCUGUUCAUCUCCAGGAAGAUUAUCUGCUGAAGUACGUGUCUCUUGUGUCUCUGGAGCAAAGACAAAAAUAUAAAGUGGAUUUUAACUCUGAGUACGACGAGUAUCGACGUCUCCACACUCGAGUCGACAACAUCACCCGACGAUUCACACGACUCGACGCACAGUGCAGGAGCCUGACGCCCGGGACGCCCCGCCACCAGAAAGUUCAGGAGGAAGUUCUGAGGGAAUAUAACAAAAUCAAACAGUUGAGUCCGAACUUCCAGGAGGAGAAGCAGCGCUGUGAAUAUCUGCACAACAAACUGUCUCACAUCAAACGCCUCAUCUCCGACUUCGACCACAAGAGGGCGCAGUCCUGGAGCUGAGAGCCGCCCUGCCCGUGCCACCUGUCAGGGGCGCUCCUGCUCCUGUCGGGGGGGGCGGGUGCUCCUGCUCCUGUCGGGGGGGGCGGGUGCUCCUGCUCCUGUCGGUGGAGCCUUAUUUAUUUCCAUCAGUUUUUCUGCUGCAAAAACACAAAACCAAGACUCUUCCUUUUCUUCCUUUUCUUCCUUUUCUUCGCUGAUUCUCGGUGAUUUGGAUUCUGAGCGUUUCUCCUGGUCUGUGGUGGUGCAGUGGGUCGAGCUUUUGCCCGUGAACUUGAGGGUUGCUGGUUCAAAUCCCGCCCGAGCACACAGUAUUUAUUUUUUGAGUCUUCGGGCAAAAGCACUUGAGCCCCACUGCCCAUUUCUGUAUCAAAAAAUACAAAAAAUCAGAUCUUAAUUGAUACGAAAACGAGUAUCAAAACUAGAAACUGAUUUGAAAACUUAUAAAUAUAAAAAAAAAAAAAUACAAAAACUGGAAAAAAAUGUAAUUAAAGUACUAUUAAUUUCACA